AUGCUCCCACCCGCUGCCCUCCUGCUCCUCGCCCUGGUUGUCCUCACAGCGUCAAGCCCCUCAAACUGCGGCGCAGCAUCCAUACAAUGCCCCGUCAUCUUCGACGGUCGCGUCCCCGCAGCCGCGGUGCCCGGGGAUUUUGACUCGGCCUCGGGCGGCGGCUGGAACCCAUACAACCCGGACUACGUGAAAGGCGAGGGCCUGCUCUGGUCUGACAUCAUCCUGCUACCCCGAGCCGGGCCGCCCUCACGCUUCGACUCGGGCGGGGAGAGGAGGCGCCCGCUCGAGGUGACCAUCUCUGACGCAAGCGUCUUCAUGGACCAGCGCGGCUUCCGGCGCGCGGGGCUGCUGUUCGCCGGGGACGCCAACGUUGGCGGGCCUGCUGGCGCCGGGGUCAAGACGCUCCAUUUUAGCGUGCGGCAGGAUACGGCGAGGCCGUUGAACCUAACGCACGAGUACCUCAACGUCUGGCACGAGACGGCCGCGUACGACGCGAACCAGUUCAGCUUCCAGACGGGCACCAUCAUCGGCCAGCCGGGGCUGCCGAGGAACACAUUCAAAUUGCUGGACCGGGACAAUAGGCUCGUCUGGUCGACGCCCGUGGCGACGGACGGGUCGUGGCAAAAUUUCGCCCUGACGCUGGACUUUACCAAUAAUACCAUUCAAGUCUGGUACUCUGCGGGCAACGCCCCACUCGCCAGGCAAGACGGCGUCAUCGCGGCCAACCUCGUGGGUGACGGACAAUACCAGAUUGGCCUCUUGAAGAAACCAACGGGUACGAGUGACGUAGUGAACGAGGGAUACCAGUCGAACAACUUGGACGAGGGCCAGAUAUACGGAGGCAUCUUCAUUGAAGAGAGCGCCGGUGGAUGUGUGUCUACUUGA